AUGAGGCAGAAGGAGAAGGACUUGGUGUUGGCCGCCCGGUUGGGCAAAGCCUUGCUGGAGCGCAACCAGGACAUGAGCCGCCAGUACGAGCGGAUGUACAAGGAGUUGACCGACAAGCUGGAGCACCUGGAACAAGAGAAACACGAGCUCAGGAGGCGCUUCGAGAACAAGGAAGGGGAGUGGGAAGGCCGAGUCUCGGAGCUGGAGAGCGACGUCAAGCAGCUGCAGGAUGAGCUGGAGAAACAGCAGGUUCACCUGCGGGAAGCUGACCGGGAGAAGACGCGGGCGGUCCAGGAACUAUCUGAACAGAACCAAAGACUCUUGGACCAGCUCAGCAAGGCGUCGGAAGUGGAAAGAAAGCUUUCCACACAGGUUCAUGUCCUCCAAGAGGACUUCAGGGAGAAGAGGUCAUCCACCAGCCAGCACAUAGUUUGUCUCGAGAGCCUUCAAUCAGAGCAAAUCUUGGAAAUUAAGAUGCUGAGGGAUCGCAAGCAAGACCUGGAGCGCCGUCUCAGCGUCAUGAUGGAGGAGAACAACCUUCUCCAGGGGACGGUGGAGGAACUUCAAGACCGUGUCUUAAUUUUGGAACGGCAAAGCCAUGAAAAAGACAUGCAGUUGCACCAGAGCCAGCUGGAGCUUCGAGAGGUGAGACUGUCCUACCGGCAGCUGCAGGUCAAGAUGGAGGAGCUGAACGAGGAGCAAAGCCUCCAAGCCUUCAACUCCUCCAGGAUGUCUUUGCUGUCGGAGAUCGAGCAGAGUAUGGAAGCAGAGGAACUGGAACAAGAGCGAGAACAGUUGAGGCUGCAGCUUUGGGAGGCCUAUUGCCAAGUCCGUUACCUGUGUACGCACCUCAGAGGGAACGACAGUGCGGAUUCUGCCGUCUCCACGGACUCUUCCAUGGACGAAUCUUCAGAAACCUCCUCAGCCAAAGACGUUCCGGCCGGCAGCUUGAGGGCUGCACUCAGCGAAUUGAAGAGGCUGAUCCAAAGCGUGAUUGAUGGCACGGAUUCCCCGGGUUCUCGGAGAAGUGAUGACGAUGCUUUGGAAGAACAGAUCAAGCAAACGAGUGAAGAUUCAAGAGCCCUGAGGGAGUUAAUGGAAGGCGAGCGGGGGAAACUGAGGCAGAGCCUGGAAGAGCUACAGCAGCUUCACAGCCAGGUGACGCUGCUGAGUGUAGAAAUGACUUCGCUGAAAGAGGAAAGGGACCGGCUGCGGGGAUCGGCCGAAGAUAAGGAGAUGAGCGAGCAGCUGUUGAAGGCUAUCCAAGACCGAGAUGAAGCCAUUUCUAAACACCAAAGACUACGGAUUAUGGAAACCACCUUCUCCCCAGCAGAUCUUCUACCAGUGGACACUCUUCUAUUUAGUCUUCAGAUCUGGGGUGGGGAUGACAUGCAGAGGCUCAUUGACCAGCAGCUGAUGGACCGACAUCCUAAGGAAUGGAGCCAGAUGAUGAUGUACACCACCAGCAGCCACGGAGCCAAGAGGCGCACCCGGCCUUCGCCUUUGCUGAAGCUCCAGCAGCAAAGCUCCGAGCCGCUUGGAGCCGAAGGGAACCGCCUGUUUUCUUUUUUCAAGAAAAAUUAA